GAAAGAGAGCAUCAACACUCUGCUGCACACUCCCUCUAACACUCAUUUCAUUGUCCCAAAGCCUGGAAAGAGGGAUUUACCGGAUACUUCUUCUCCUCUCUGAAACCUCAUUUAGAAUAACGGAUUUGCUCUUUUGUUGCCUUUAAACCGGCUGAUUAUCAUAAUCAUGAACCGGUAGUCUGCGCGUGGAUCUGCACCGGCUUUGACUGAGCGACACCUGCUCUCUCUCUCUCACACACAUACACACACACUCUCCCCUUUCCUCUGUCUUUUGUCUCUGACAUCUCUGCAGCCCACAGCCAGCAGCGCUGAGGAGGAGGAAGAGGAGAAGGAGGAGGAGGAGCGGGGUGUACCUGACACCUACAGCCGCGCGUCGCAGCUCCAUUCUCCCGCAGAAACACCCAGGACUCGCCCGCCGCGGGUGCCUCCGUCUCUGGCGCGUUACUUCACGGGAGCUCUGUGCAGUUUGACGGGGGGAAACACUGCUUCUGCUGACACGCAGAAAACUCCUGAAAAUCAAAAGACAGCAACAAAAAACUGAAGACAGGGAUCUUCCAAGAACUCUUGCUUGAUUCACUCGGAUCAGAAAUCUUUAGGAUUUUCUGACAGACUGUGAGAGGAAAAAGAGGACUACACUUAAGAAGAUGCGUCUCCCGGUGCUUCUCUGUGUGUUGGCGUGUCUCUCUGCAGCACCGGGCCCGGUGGCCGGGGCGGACAGGAGCUGCACCGACCUGCGGCAGUUCUACACCGGCAAAGGGUUCACUCUGGUAGGGGUGCCUCAGACUGAGAUCUCCGGUGAACAUCUGAGGAUGUGUCCUCAGGGUCCAACCUGUUGUACCAGCGCCAUGGAGGAGAACCUGGGCGGUCUGAGCACACGAGAGACCGAGGGACUGAUCAGAGAGGCUGGCAGAUCGCUGCAGUCUGCCUUCAACGCUCUCCACAGGAGCUUCGACACUUAUUUCACUGAGCUGCACAGUCGCUCUGAGCGCUCUCUUCAGGAGGCGCUGUCCCCACUCGGGCCCCUGUACUCCCAGAACACUCGCCUCUACGGAGAUCUGUACGUCGACCUGCGACAGUACUACCGGGGCUCCGCUCUCAACCUGGACGAGACCCUGUCUGAGUUCUGGUCCCGCCUCCUGGAGCGCACCUUUAAAAUCUCUGCCCCCACAGAUGUCAACCUGUCAGAAGACUACCUUGAAUGUGUUGCCAAGCAACAAGAGACGCUGCGGCCAUUUGGAGACGUCCCACGGGACAUGAAGGUGAAGCUGAUCCGGGCUUUUGUCACAGCCAGGUCGUUUGUCCAGGGGCUGAUAGUCAGCGCAGAUGUGGUCAGGAAGGUCUCACAGGUUCAUCUGAGUCCAGAGUGUACCAAAGCCCUGAUGAAGCUGGUUUACUGCCCCCACUGUCGUGGCAUAGCCUCUGUCAAACCCUGCUCCAACUACUGUUCCAACGUGAUGAAGGGCUGCCUGGCUAACCAAGCUGACCUGGACCCCGAGUGGCAGAAUCUUAUAGACACCAUGAUCCAGGUGGCCUCUAGUUUCAGCACGGAGCCCAGUCUCGAUGUGGUCCUCUCUUCCAUCCCUGCUCGGAUCUACGAGGCUGUUCACUACCUGCAGGAAAACAUGGACACUUUCACAGCAAAAGUGUACCAGACAUGUGGAACUCCAGGUGAACCAGGAACAGGAAGUCCGACCCUUAAUGAGCAGAGGAAGAAGAGCGGCUCCCUGACUGCAUCAGAGUACAAACCCUCUCCAACUGCUGGGCUCAGAUUGGAGAUGCAGGUGUCAGAUCUGUCCAGUAAGCUGAGGGAGAUGCGGCAGUACUGGGUCCAGCUCCCUGUGGCACUUUGCAGCAAAUUGGCAGCAGGAGGCGCCAGUCAGGAUAAAUGCUGGAAUGGCAUGACUAAAGCCAGGUACCUUCCAGAGGUGAUGGGUGACGGCUUGGCCAAUCAGAUUAACAACCCUGAGGUGGAGCUUGACAUCACAAAGCCAGACAUGACUAUCCGGCAGCAGAUCAUGCAACUCAAAAUCAUGAGCAACAAGCUGAAAAAUGCACUGGAUGGCAACGAUGUGGACUUCCAGGAUGCAAGCGAUGACAUCAGCGGCUCAGGAAGCGGGAUGUGCGUGAGUGGUCAUUGUUCUCGGAACAGACCAGGAUUGUAUGCCUACACCCCAGACAACAACCGCGUCAGAGGCGCAGCCGCGUCUCGAACCCGCCUGUGUGGCUUCUUACUCCUGCUCCCACUGGUCAUCCUGCUGCUUCAGCGAUGAUGGACCGCCAUCGACUCAAAUCAGACUCUGAGGUCUAGAGGAGGGCUGAACCAUGGGAUGGACAAAAAGGGGUUUGCUUGGGGGAGAAAGAUUGGAACGUAAUCUUGCCAAAAAAUGAAAAAGACAUUUGGGGAAAUGAAUGGACGACGUUUUUCUUUAACUGAGAGGAGCAAAAAUUGACAGUGACAAUAUUCUUUAUUUAGUUUUGCUCAGUUUUAAUGUCUUAGUUUGGGUGUGAUUCAGUUUGUUAUGGAUUGCUGGAAGAAGACCGAGAUGUGAAAGGUGAAGAUGACAAAGAGAGUGAUGGCUGUUGAUGAUGAAGAUGAUGGGGAUAUUGAUAAUGGUUUACUGACACUCUAUCAGGUCUAUUUAGCUCCAGUUUCCAGUCAGCAGGUGGCAGAUCAGCGAAAAAAAUGUUUAGUGCCCUGAUAUGUGGUGCGUUCAACAAGGCUUUUUUUAAUUUGAUUUUUUUUUUUUUAACUCAAGGUUGUCUACCUUAACAAACAUUGUGUAAGUUGUAAAUGUUUGUGUACAUUAGCUAAAAGUCUGGCACCAUAUUGAGCCAUGAAUGUACAGUAUAAUACUAUAAUGGCAAUGAAUUCCCCCAUAAUCUGUGAUGUAGUCGUCCAGACGUUUUGGCGUGUUUUGGCAUAAAUGGAUACAUUCAGUAGGAUUUGUUUGACAUGUUGCAGAUAAAUUAUCACACUCCUGAAAUGUAUGAGAUGUUGUGAUUGCAAGAUUUUACCUCACUUUUACUGUUUUCCCAACCAUUUUCAGGAAAAAAGGGAUACAAUACUUUAACAACUCAUCACCCUCGAAUUGAAAACAAGCACCGACAAGCCGUUUCCUUAGGUCCUGUUAGUUUUCUCCUGCAAUGAAGACGGAAAUCUGCACAUUAUUCUGACACUUCUGGUUACAAUAACCACAAAAAUCCCCACAAAGAACAUUUCAUGAUGCAGUAAUGCAAGAGAGGACUCCUUGUUGAACGCACACGUGCGUUAUGUAAUUUAAAAUGAAGUCUUAGAAGCAACGCAGUGGCAGAUAUAAAGUAGGUAAAAACCAAAGCACUUAUUAAACUUAACACUUUUUUACAUUUUUUGACAGCAGAUGUUGCCCCGACCAUGUUGGACAUUUGUGACAACCCUCUCACCAGGUUUUGUAACUGCAUUAUGUUAAAGAAAAAAAAAGCAUCACUAAGAAAACAAAAGGUGUUUGUACAUACAGUUCAGGAUGUGUGCAGAAUAUUGACAACAUGUAUAUGUUUGCCUGGUGAUGCAUAAUUUACUCGGCAUGCCUUUCCUUCAGUCUACACUACUACUCUGGUACAUAUGGGAUUCUUGAUUCACACAAGUCUCUUGCACAUACACACAUUUUACACACAGUGGGGUUGUGUAUUAAGCUGAUUUUUGUCCAUAAGUGUAUUUAAUGACACGUUUCAUUCAUUAAACUCUGUCUGAUUGUAGCAUUUGAUUUUGCCAUGUGCAUUUUGAUUAUGCACACAAAAGUCAAAAUUGUGUACUUUUUUUUGUAGCUCUGAAUGCAACCCACUCAACAGGAAAAAAAAUGCUGCCAUUGUGCAAUUCUGCAAACCACAGAUAUGUUACAUUUGCAUGUUAUUAUGUAGUAGAUAGCUGAUAUUUUCUGUGGUUAACAAGUGGUAGAUUUCAGCACAAAAACCACUUGGUUAUGGUUAGGAACAUUUUGGCUUAAAAUACCCAGUUUCGAGGGCACAGUCCUGGCAGAACAAGCAGUAAUGUCUUGGUAAAAAACAAACGCUGGAAAGACAACGAUGGGUUGCCUAAAAUGCCACUGGAAGCAUAGCAAUGCCUCACUAAAUCACAACCGGUUUUUGUUGUUUAUUGGUCUUCAACAGUUGUCUGCAGCUUAUCAUGCCGUCCCCCAUUGCCUAUCCAACAUGCCUUCCACCUCCUGAUGACAAAGUCAGCUCAUAUACUGUGUCACUUAAGUAACGUUACAUAUGCAAAUGCAACAUAUUUGUGCUAUGCAGAAACAAACAGUGCCAACAUUUUCUUCUGGUGGCUGGGCUGCUGGGUGGAGUUUUCUGAAGUUCAAGAAAACAAGCCAGAAGAUGUCAUAGGGAAGUCAUGAGCUUGGGAUUGUAGGCAAAACAUUUAGAGCAGAAAGUGUAGGUUACAAACCGGGGGCAUCGAGUUUGAAACAUGUUGGUUUUUACCUGAAAAGGAAGGUCAAACAAAUUUAUUCUAUUAAGUUGCAUAACAGCAAAUGUAGGUUCAAGAGUUUAUGGAGCUCAACCCAUACUAGGGAUUAAAAGUUGGUGCAUCUCUGCCUCUGCAACUUCAAUUUUGAUCAUUUUAGCUACACUAGGGAAGUGUCUGUCGGUUGGUUCACAACUUUGAUCCAGACUGAAACAUCUCAACAACUGCUGGACUGAAUUUGGUACAGACAUUCAUGUUCCCCAGAGGAUGAAUCCCAAUGACUUAUGUGAUGUCCCCGUUGUUUUUCCAGAAACGCUCAACUUGCCAGCUGCACUACAGCUAUAAAUAGAGUUAUAUGUCUUUGUAACAGGCGCUGCAAAGCCUCAUGUUGCCCUGCUGAGGAAAAAGGGGGCCACGUGCUGUGUGUGGGGAUGACAAUCCUGCACCAGUCAGGGGGUUUGGAGUUAAUGAAUGAUUUAUUUUCCUGAUGCAUAUGAAGCAGAGCAGCCGGCACAUACACAAAGAGUUCACUUCAAGUUUCUGUCUUUAAAUGAUGGAGAAGUCUCAAAUGUUUCAGUACAGGGUUCACAUUUCAUUUCUCAGCAUCAGUAUCUUGACUUUCUCUGACUGAUCAGACCUGAUCUGAGCAUCUGUCCUCUUUCUGCAUCACGUGUCUCAUCCUGUAAUUGAUGGAAUGAUGUGGAGGUGAAGGCAAAAUCUGAGUUUCACUGAGAUGUAGUAGGGCACUUGUAGCAGCCACAGUCUACCACACUGUUGAUUUUACUUGUCUAGACAUGAAGGAGAUUUAUCAACACUCGGGGUACUCUGAGCUGAGCUGCCUGUCCAUGACCACCAUUUUGAGUCCCCCAGGUGAGAGUUACCUCUGAAUAAAAGGUGUCACAACUCUUGCUGCACAAAUUUAAGAAAUGUAACUUAACUCUGGGGACAGCUUAAACAUAAUUGUUGUGCUCAUGUGGCAGCCAGCAGGGCUGCAAUCGAUUUCUGAGUCUUCACCUGUGAUUUAAAAAGAAACAGACACAGUGCUAAUGUGCUUACUUGGAGAUGUGGCUGCUUUUACUAAAUGCCUCCAACUGCUGGCUUUAAGAUAAGAAGCAUCAGCCUCUCUUUGUCUGCUAUUCACCUACACACUGACAUAUACACAACUAUUUAAGAUAAUGUGUACAGGGAUG